AUGACGCCGGGCAGGGCAGAGGCGGCGCUUCCCGGCUUGACCGCUUUCCAGACCCAAGGGAGCCCUGGCUCACCCGUCUCACCUGUGCUGACCGCUUCUGCGGACCGGUCACCGUGCAGGGACAAGACGCUCCCACGUAGCUCAGCCCUGGCCGAAGCGACAAGCAGCCUCGGCGCGCGGUUCCCAGCGUCCUCCGGGGCAGCCAGCCCGCCUGUGGGCGCCUCAGGGGAUGCUCUCCGGGAUGCGCCCCGGGAUGCGGUUACAUCACUCUGCUUUGCCUGCAAACUGGGGCUAGAACCCAGCGUAAGGCAAGCCCGCUCCUGCGGAAGGAGACGGAGCCUGUCUUCUCGCCCGCCCGAAGACUGCUGA